AUGCCAUCGCGUCAACAGCUGCAGCUCGAGUUCGCCCAACGCGACAUCUCGUUCCAAUACGCCCAACUAUGCCUUCCGUCCAAUUGCCCAAGGGGCAUCUAUGUUCAACUCGACGACGACGAUACACAUCUCUGGCACUGUGUCGUCUUCGUCUCUCAAGGACCCUUCAACGGUGGAAUCUUUCGAUUCGACAUUGUAUUUCCUUCGACCUACCCGUCUUCGACGCCUCAAGUUUAUUUCCCACCGACGCUCUUGCAUCCCUUGGUAGAUCCUGAUUCGGGACGACUGUUGCUCACCUCACGAUUCCAAACCUGGAGACCACGGAAGGACUUUGUCACGCAUAUUCUAGGUUUCGUCAGGGAGGUCUUUACGGAAAAAUAUUUGCAAGAUCUACGAGAGGGGAUGGUGGCAAAUGCUGAGGUGUGGAGGAUGUUCAGAAGUCACAGAGGGUUGUUCAACAAGUUGGCGUUGCAGUCGGUCGCGUUGAGCACGGCUCCUUCGAGCUUGUAUGAUGUCAGUGGGGGCAGCGGAUUUCCGAAUCCGAGCGUGGGGCUGAACAGAGUCCAGCCGAGAGGUGGUGGUGGGGACAAGGCAGGGAGAGGGAUAGCAGCGAGGGUGGACGAGGCGAACGGUAUCUUGUUCAGGAAGUUGGAGGACGACGAGAUGGCUAGCUUGAGACGUGACAUCUUUGGGGAUGAGGCAGAGCAAAGCGAAGUCGGCGUCUAG